CUUCAUUCCUAGAACAGGCCUUCACAAUGUCGGACUAUGAGGAUGAUAUGGACCUGGAUGCCCCACCGGCCAAGGACAAGUCAAUACAAUUCAGCUCGGACAACCUUGCCGGGAAGCAGAAACGUAUAGUCGCAGACUUACCCGUCGAGGCUGAAGACAAUCUGCCAUGGGUUGAAAAAUAUCGUCCAAAUACCCUGGACGAUGUGUCUGGGCAUCAGGAUAUCCUCGCGACAAUCAACAGAUUCGUUGAGCACAACCGACUACCUCACCUCCUCCUCUACGGCCCUCCAGGUACGGGCAAGACCUCUACAAUUCUGGCGUUGGCAAGACAGAUAUAUGGGACGAAGAAUAUGCGGCAGAUGGUGCUUGAACUCAAUGCUUCAGAUGACCGUGGUAUCGAUGUUGUGCGGGAACAAAUAAAGACGUUUGCUUCGACAAAACAGAUCUUCAGCAGCUCGACGCAACAGUCCUCUACAGCAGCCAAAUUCGGCCUUGGGGCGUUCAAGUUGAUUAUACUGGACGAGGCGGAUGCCAUGACAUCGGCAGCACAAAUGGCGUUGCGAAGAAUCAUGGAAAAAUACACUGCCAACACAAGAUUUUGCAUCAUUGCAAACUACACACAUAAACUGUCGCCGGCAUUACUAUCACGGUGUACCCGAUUCCGAUUCUCGCCUCUCAAGGAAGCCGACAUUCGUCGCUUGGUCGAUCUGGUCAUCUCGCAAGAACAUAUCAACAUUGCUCCCGAGGCUGUGGACUCGUUGGUGAAAUUGUCCAAGGGUGACAUGAGACGAGCUCUCAACGUCCUACAGGCGUGUCAUGCAGGUUCAAGACCGCUUCCCAUGCGAGGCCAGCCACCUAUCAAGGAAUCCGACGUCAAGUACGAGCUCAUUACGAACGACACGAUUUAUAAUUGUAUUGCGGCUCCGCAUCCAGAUGAUGUGCGCCUGAUCAUGACGACCAUGCUGAGCACUCCUGAUGUUACCAGCUGUCUGAACGCAAUCAAUGCGCUGAAGAGCAGUCGUGGUCUAGCUCUUGCCGAUAUCCUCACGGCGUUGGCGGAUGAGUUGCAGAACCUCGAAGUCAGCGCGGCGACGCGAGUCACAUGGUUACAGGGGCUUGCAGAGAUCGAAUACCGACUUGCUGGUGGAGGAAGUGAGAGUGUACAGACGGGAGGCAUGGUUGGCGUAGUGAGAACGGGAUGUGAGCUCAUGGGAGAGAAGGGUGUGGGUGAGAAGAUGAACCUCGGAUGAGCAAGUGGUGCGACCAAGUUAAGAAUCAGCAUAUGCAAGCACAACUGAUCGGACCAGUCCUUCAGUCAUGAGCUUGCAUUCCACGGCUGUAUGUGAAGACCUCGGCGCUAGGUGCUAUGGCUGUCGAAGAAAGACUGUCGUGGAAGAGCAUCGUAAAGGGUGGUGCUUCAUCCAUGCUGCACAGAAUCGACCCCGUCUGACGGAAACAGGUCCUGGGCUGUUGCCGUGGGUCCGACUUGGGUCGUGCAAGCGUCGGGAGACAAUGCAUGGCUCUACACUGUGCUGGUUAUGCUGGGCAGCGUAAACCGGCAUGGACUCUGUGAUACGGCUCUGCUGCCACCGAUCCUGCAUGCCGUACUCACACUGCGUCCGGCGUCCGCAUCGCACCAGACGAAUCUGGUGGUAAUGCCUAUUGUAGACACCGCAAAGGCUGUCACUAGCGAUACUGUUGCAAGAUGUAGGAUUACCAAUAUGGUGAAUGGAUCCAAUCGAU